GUGGGAAAACGAAGCGUGGGCUGCUAGUGUCGGAGUCAGAGGGUAAUUCAGAAGCGAGCACGUGUAUUUUCAUUAGAUAUUAUUUUAUCCAAUCCGCGAAAUAAGCAGGUUUGGACGGAAAAACGCAAUCAAAUUACAUUUGGUAAUUAUUACGAAAAAAACAAGUAGGAUGAAGACGAGUGAAAAAAUAAUGCUAAUAUUGGUCUCCGUCUUGAUCGUAUCGCAAGUGAUAGAAAUCUCAUGUAUCAAAGUGCAAACGAUAACGCACAUAUUGCCAUUCUCAACGGAGCUCUUUCAAGAUACACACGAACAGCCGAGUUCACGAUUAGUAUACGGUGUAUGCGACAACAAUGAGACGAGCUACGAUUGUAGUUGUACUCUGAUCGUUGAAACCAACGAACCACCUGAUUCGUACGACCAUUUGCGUUUUUGUGAUAUUACUAUCAGGUCCAGUAGUAUGCCCGUGAACAGAGUCAAAAAUAUUUACGCCCUCGACGAAAAUACAGUUAUCUUACAAUUCUUAAGUCGUUACAACAGAUUUGCCAUUGUUAAUUUUUCAGAUUGUAGAGUCGUAUAUCCGAAGAUCCACGAUGACUGGAAAGUCAGUUUGAAUAAAAUAAGCGCACCUUUCAAUGGCACUUUUGACGUCAUUGUGCAAGAUAAUAGAAAAGAAAGUCCUUGUUUGCGUGCAAAGUGGUGCCGAAUGAUUGUAGACGUGAACGGCAACGUUAUUCAAAAUCCUACCAAUUGGGUUGACGAAUAUAACGAUAUUAUUGAUAUCGUUCAUAUUGCUAGUGGAAAACGUUUGGUUGUUGAUACGAACUCUGUCAUAAACAAAACAUUUGUUCGAGUGUACAAAGUCGACAGUAAUGGUCUAGUUAAAAUACUUAAGGAAUAUCCGGCAGGAAAUCUUCACCCACAAUCCAAUAAGAUAACAGUAUCGUCAACUCACAAACUUCUAACCGUAUGUGCCUUGAACUAUUCAAAUUUAACGUGCGGGCAAUUUGAUCACCAUGGUGCAUUGAAGAUUGAGACAAAUUUCAAGCCAAUAGAUUUCACAUACUUGCAUUCCGCUAAAGUAUUCAAUCUUCCCGAUGGUGGCUUUCUAUUACUCACCAUCAAUUGUUCAAAGAUUGAUUUUGUCGAAGAAUGUCUGACCGGCGAUGAAAAAUAUUUUUCGCUCAGAAUUUUCGAUCCAGUGACGCAAAUCCUAAAAUCAUUGGAAAUAGCACAAUUGAAAUGUGGUGACAGGUUCAAUUUGGAUGCCAUUCAUUUCGUCAGAAAUGAAAACAAAAAUAUUUGUUUAUCUUAUGUGUGCGAUUAUCGAGGAACAGAUGGCCGAGUGAGCGUCGAAGUGAAUUGUUUCACGAAGAAAGAUUUAAGCGGCGAUACGAUACGCAGGGGAAUAUAUCGGAGAUUUUGGCUGGCAUAAUCUGAAAUAAUGCGUUUGAAAAUUCACACAUUAUUAUAUUUCAUACAUGAAAGAAAAUUUCUAUAAUUAGGAAAUAUAUCAUGUGUUAGAACAUUCAGACGCAAAUAAAUUGUAGGUAUGAAAAUUUAUAUUGCACAAGGAACCAAAGAAUCUCUAUCGUCGCCGUUGAGCUUUUAUAAUUAAUUUAUAUAAUUUUUUUCAUUACAUAUGGCAGUAUAUUUAUAUUUUUUGUUCAAUUUUAAUAAAGAAUGACAAAUAAAAUUUUUUAAUAACUUUAUAAUCUUAGCAAGAGUGAUUAAAAUAUUUUUAUAUACUUCAUUUAAAUAAACAACAUGCUAAUGAAUGCUGUAAAAUCAGUUUUAUGAAAAGCUGUAAAACACUUACACAAUCAAUGGUCAUUCCAAAUAUAAUGUCUUCUAACCUGAAACAAACAAUAAUCAACUCUUAGCUAAUUAUGAUAAAGUUCAUUGAAAUGAUAAA